AUGAAUCCUUCGGUAGACGAUAUUCCACUAAUAGGCAUCAAGCCGUUUGUGGAUUCUCAGGAACAAGUCAUCAAAGCUCAAAUUCACGUGCAGCCAAGCAAGGCCAACUUUUUCUCCAUCUACCGACACGCGAACGCGUCACAGAUAUGUUUACUAUUCGUCUCUGCAACAUGUGCCGCGGCGUCCGGUGCCGCAAUGCCUUUGGUGACGUUGGCAUUCGGGUCUUUAGCAAAGGAUUUUAUCAACGGAAGGGAUGCGUUAUCAGAUGAUAUUCGAGGUCACAUUCAGCAUCUGACGCUACGACUUGUAUACAUUGCAAUCGGGGCGUUCUUCGCCACAAUGAUUAGCGCAUGGGGAUUCAAUAUCGUUGGGGAACGGAUUGCACGUCGCCUCCAGCGUCAAUAUCUGACCUCGGUUCUAAGGCAAAAUAUUGCGUUCUUUGAUGUACUUGGUGCAGGAGAACUGACAACGCACAUUGAUCAGGACAUGAAGUUGAUCCAGGCUGGCAUAUCACAAAAGGUUGGCGAGAUCAUCUCUGGACUUUCCGGGUUUGUGGUUGCCGUGAUAUUUGCGUUCAUGCAAAACCGUCACUUCGCAUCAAUCAUGAUCUCCCAGCCAAUUUCCCUGCUUGCAAUUGUUGGCAUAAUGGGAUUUUGGAUGAGCGUCACGCAGAAACUUGGCCUGGCUCAGUGUGUGAAAGCCGAGAAUUUAGCACAAGAGGUUCUCAGUGCCAUGAGGAAUGUCAUUGCAUACGGUAGCCAGCAAAGAUAUUCCAAUAAAUACCAUGAAGCUCUUCAAGGUCCAACCACGGUUGACUUCCGGGAGCGAUUCAUCUUUGGUAUCAUUGUCGCUGGAUCUUUUAUGGUUCUGCACUGGACCAAUGGCUUAGGCUUGUGGCAAGCCAACCAUCUAUUCCAACAGGGUAAAUGUACAAUCCCAGAGGCUUUGACAAUAUUGUAUGCGGCGGCAGUGGCUGGUGGUAUGCUCAGCCAAGUACUGCCUUGUAUUGUUGAUAUUAUCCAGGCCAACGGCGCAUCUGGUCGUGUUUUCUCUAUCAUCAACCGCCCUUCACCCAUUGACGCUUUGGAAAGCAAAGGGGAUAGACUUGACUCACUACGAGGGGAUAUCAGAUUUGAAGAUGUCCACUUUGUUUACCCUUCGCGACCGGAAAGGGCCAUAUUGGAAGGGGUGAGUUUCCAUGUACCAGCUGGUCAGACUGUUGCAUUUGUGGGGCCCUCGGGAUCUGGGAAGUCAACAGUGCUCAAUCUCUUGGAACGGCUCUAUUGCCCUCUUGGUGGCCAUAUCAUGGUUGAUGAUCAGCCCAUUGAAAAUCUGAAUAUUUCAUGGCUCAGAUCCCGGAUUGGAUGUGUCAGCCAGGAUUUCACUUUGUUCAAUGGGUCGAUACACGACAACAUUGCAAAUGGCCUUGAUAAUGCUGUCGCUGAGUCAUUGGAUCUUGCUACCCUUCAUGGGCUAGUAGUUCAAGCCAGCGAGGUUGCCCAAAUUCAUUCAUUCAUCAGCAAUCUUCCACAGGGCUACGCUACUAGGAUAGGUGCUAAUGGAUCGCAUCUCUCAGGUGGGCAAAGACAAAGAAUUGCAAUCGCCCGCGCUAUCAUAUCACAGCCAUCCAUCCUGCUUCUCGACGAGGCCACCGCUGCACUCGAUAGUCAGAGCGAGAAAGAGGUUCAAGAAGCCCUCCAAUCAGCGGCAUCAGGACGAACAACCCUCAUAAUAGCACACAGACUUUCGACUAUCCGUAACGCGGACACAAUCAUUGUCAUGAAAGAUGGUCGAAUUUUGGAAAGUGGAUCUCAUAUAGAGUUGUUGAAAUCGUCCAUACUAUACCAAGGCUUAGUGAGACAACAAGCACUGAGGCCACCUGAACCUUCAACAUAUAGUCUUUUCCAUGAGCUGCCGUCUGCUGCAAAGGUUGCUAGCGAAGGUAUUCCCAAGCUUUCUGCGGACGUCACCGCAAUCAAGACGUCAAAUGAUGUAUCAACCUCAGCGUCCUUAGGUAUGAACAGUAUUCGGAGUAUUUGGCGCCUCAAUAAGCAAGAGCUGCCAUACACCAUCGCGGGCCUAUGUCUAAGUAUCCUUGCCGGGAUAUCAUACCCGAUUCACGCUAUCUUUUUUGGCAAUGGCAUCAUAUCAAUAAUCAGCCCUGAGUUGAGCACUGGGGGUCGAAGCGUUCAAUUCUGGGCACGAAUGUACCUUAUAUAUGGGGUUAUCGUGUUUUGCGUAUACUGUGCACGAGGGUACUGUUUUGCUAUAUCAGCAUCUCAGCUUAAUCUUCGCGUCCGGUCAAACCUGUUCAGGGCUUUACUGUGCAAAGAUAUUUCCUUCUUUGGAGAACCGGGACACUCUGUCGGAGAUUUGGUGAGCUUUUUAUCAUGGGGUACCAGUAAGGUUACUGGGGUGUCAGGAACGUCGCUGGGGCUUCUUCUAGAAAGCGUCGUGAUGCUUAUAACGGGAAUCGUUGUUGGAUGCAUAUUUGGGUGGAAGCUUGGUCUUGUUUCAAUGGCAACGGUACCGGUCGUCGCUAUCUCAGGCUUUCUGCAAUACUACAUUGUGGAGAAGGUACAGAAGCAUGUCAAUCGUGACACUGAAGCCAUUGCUGUGGCCCAUGAGGCUUUCUCUGCCAUAAGAACUGUCACGGUGUUGGGAUUGCAGCAGAAGAUCGGUGAGUCUUUUCAAAAGGCCGGUGACUGCGAUCACCAAGGUCGGUACUGGCCAAUUUCUGCAAUGAUGUAUGGAUCCACAUUAUUAUUUCGCAUACUGAGCAUCGCCUUUGUGUUUUGGUACGGCGGGACUCGACUCGUCGCAACAGGCGAGUACAAUAUCCAGCAGUUCCUCAUCUGCUUUGCAGCGACAAUAUGGGGAGCUCAAUCGGCUGCCGCACUUUUUGCUCAAGCGCCAGAUCUCGCUGGUGCCCGCAGCGCUGCUUCUCACCUUAACGAGCUGAUGGGACCUAUCCAGUCACACUUUCAAGCCGAGGAUAUUCAAGAUGUCUCCCUCGACGCACCUACAAAAACUGAGCCCCUUAGUUUACGAAGCAUUACUUUCGACUACUCCGAUCGCGGGUCUCAGCCAGCAUUGGAUAAUGUUAGUCUCAACGCUUCACCGGGUGCCUUCAUUGCUCUUGUCGGGGCGACUGGCAGCGGAAAAAGCUCAGUUAUCAACCUCGUGGAGCGCUUCUACUCUCCCAGAUCUGGAAAAAUCACUCUUGCAGGCAGAUCUAUCGAUGUUUAUAAUAUUGACAGCUAUCGAAAGUACUUGGCACUGGUCGAUCAAAACCCUUGUCUGGUGGGAGAAGAUCUCCGAGAAUGUUUACAAAGCGACGAAGAUGUCAUUUCCGACAAUGAGAUCUUGCUCACUUUGAAAAAUAUCGGAAUCGGUGAUUUCGUGAUGUCUCUACCCGAAGGGCUGAACACCCCUAUUUUGGGUAAUGGAUCUACUCUUUCGGGAGGUCAACGCCAACGCAUGGCGAUCGCAAAGGCUCUUCUCCGGAAACCCAAGAUCCUUCUACUGGAUGAAGCGACUUCUGCACUGGAUACCGCGACAGAGCAAUUGGUCCAGGAGACCCUCCAACGCGCCAUGGCCGGCCGAAUUACCAUCGCUAUUGCUCAUCGACUAAAGACUGUAGUUGAUGCCAACCAGAUUUUGGUCUUCGAUCACGGUCGUAUUAUAGAGAGUGGUACACACGAUGAUCUGAUGCAGCUUGGCGGGAAGUACUUCCAGAUGGCAAAGUUGCAACAAUUAGACGAAGACUAUUGA